CGAGUCUACGUGCAAAGUUUUGAUGCUAAAACGGUUCUCUGUAACGCACCUCGGACGCGUCACUAUCCACUCACCCGGUCCACGGUUCCACACAUGCAUCUACCGUUGCCGUACACCUGUGACGCGAUAAGAUGACACGAUUUGCCGUUCACUUGCACUGAAAGAGAACCACACCGAGAGUUCUAGAGAGAAUCUCCAUCUCCAGAGAGAGAAACUGUGAGAUCUGAUCGGAGCACUAAGGUAACACAGCUCCAAACCCUAUUCUGUGUCCUCGUGACCCCUCGCUUUCUUCUUCUCCAUCGAUUUGUUUCUAUUUUCGGAAUUUCACUUGUAGGCUGUCUUAUUAGGUUAUUCUCCUCCCUGGGUAAAACCCUAUCUUCGGAUUCUAGGGUUCCGUUAAGGUUUUAAGGGGAGGGAAAAAGCAAUUAGGGUUUUGCAUGUAUGGCUUCGGGACAAAUUGGGGGAGAUGAUGGCAGCAAAAAGGAGCAGAGAUACACAGAGAGCAAAGUCUACACAAGGAAAGCCUUUAAAGGUCCUAGGAACAAAGCCAACGCCAACGCCGUGAACGUCGCUCCUCGUACUACCGCUGCAACUUUUACCGGGGACGACAGUUCGGGGACUAUUACCGCCGCCCAUUACAACAGUAGGGAUAACAUCACUGUCGAUAAUGGUAAUCCUAGGGCUAAGGAUAAUUGCAAUAACGCCUUGGUUCAGCAGGACCUGGAGGAUGGGAAUUCAGUUCGGCCGCAGCAUGUGAACGGUGCUUUGAAUGAUCCUUCCGGUAUUCCCGGGAUACCAGAGUGGUUACCGGGACCAGGGAGUUUUGUUAGGCUAAGUUUGGAUUGGCGGUCUAAGCCAGAGUUAAUGAGGAGGCUUGAGAGUGAGCUCAAUAUGGUUAGGAGUUUGGUGAGUAGGAUUGAAGAGAAGUUGGGGGUGAUUGGAGCUCAAUAUGGUAUUUCAGAUAUGAUGGUGGAUAGUGGGACUGGUAGGAGGGUUGGAACUAAGCGUACUCACUCGGAGGUGGCCUCGGCUGUUGUUCCACCACGAGAGCCUUCCCAACCUUUGCAUCAGUUGAGCGUGUCAGUGUUGGAGAAUAGUCAAGGGGUUGGCGAAACCAUUGAGAAGGAGAAGAGGACGCCCAAGGCGAACCAGUUCUAUCGCAAUUCGGAGUUCUUGCUUGGGAAAGAAAAGUUUCCACCUUCAGGGAGUAACAAGAAGUCUAAAUUGAAUGGGAAGAAGCAUGGUGCAGCUGAGAUGGGACAUGGAAUGGGAUUGAAGCUUUUGAAGAGUUGUGGUUCGUUGCUUGAGAAAUUGAUGAAGCACAAGCAUGGUUGGGUGUUUAAUACUCCAGUUGACGUUGAGGGUCUUGGUUUACACGAUUAUUUUGAUAUCAUCAAGCAUCCAAUGGACCUGGGCGCUGUGAAGUCAAGGCUGAACAAGAAUUUGUACAAGUCACCCAAGGAGUUUGCUGAGGAUGUGAGACUUACAUUUCGCAACGCCAUGACUUAUAAUCCCAAAGGACAAGACGUUCAUAUAAUGGCUGAGCAGCUGUCAGAUGUAUUUGAGGAGAGAUGGGCUGUAAUAGAGUCAAAUUACAACCACGAAAUGAGAUUUGAACAAGAUUAUGGUGCGGCUGGCCCUUCGCCUUCACCUUUGUCUAGAAAGGCUCCUGGGUUUCGACCCCCACCUAUUGAUAUGAGACGGAUUUUGGAUAGGUCAGAAUCAAUGACACAACCUCAAAAAAACAUGAGCAUCACUCCUUCGUCUCGAACCCCUGCUCCCAAAAAGCCCAAGGCCAAAGACCCUCAUAAAAGAGACAUGACAUAUGAGGAAAAGCAAAAACUCAGCACAAACCUUCAGGGUCUACCUUCUGAGAAGCUAGAUGCCAUUGUACAGAUCAUUAAGAAGAGAAACUCAGCACUUUCCCAGCAUGAUGAAGAAAUUGAAGUCGACAUUGAUAGUGUGGAUACGGAGACUCUCUGGGAGCUUGAUAGAUUUGUGACCAACUAUAAGAAAAGUUUGAGCAAAAAUAAGAGGAAGCUUGAACUUGCUAUUCAAGCUAGAGCACAAGCUGAGCAGAAUGCCCUGCAAAAGAGUCAGGCACCAGUUAUGGUUGAGAUUUCAAAAGAAGCACAAACAGAUGAAAGAAAUAGUCCCCCAUCCUUGCCCGCGCAAGAAGAAGUUCAAGCGGAUGGGAGUAAGACAAGUGGUUCAAGCAGCUCCAGCAGUGAUUCAGGCUCUUCAUCAAGUGUUACUUUGAUUAAUUAUUUAGUCAAGAGAUAUCUUAACCUUUAUUAUUCUUGCUACUGCAUGCUCACUUCUGCUUUUCGUUUUGGUCAAGUGUUCUGUCUGAUUUAUAUUAUUUUAUUUGUGCAGAUUCUGAUACUGGUAGUUCCUCAGCCUCUGGGUCUGAUGCUGGGUAAUAGAGAACCUAAAUUCAUUCUGUCAGAUCUCAGAUAUUUAAGAUUUGCUAGUGAUGUGAUUCUUGGCUAGUUCGUUUUUCCGGUUUCCAAAUUAUUCAUCCUAAUUUAGCUGUUGGUUUGUAAAGGAAGCAUUAUAAGGGCCACCUGUGAUCAUACUGAUGCAGCGUGGGAUCCUUUACUCUCAUCAUCGGAACUGUUGUACCGUUGCUAUAAGACUUUCUUUGUGAUUACACGAACUCAUGUAAAAUAUUUGGUAGAAUGUGAUGAUAGUCAGAUAGUUCUCCGUAGCGGUGUACAUUGCUAACUACCGCUACACUGACAUGCAAAGAUAAUCUGUAAUUCAAGUUCUUGAAGUCAUUAUUGGUUCACAUGGUA